AUGGAGCGGUUAUCGCAUGACUUGAACCUGGCUUUAGAAGAGAGCAACUGCAGGCAGGAACGCAGGAAGCUGGGUUUUCGCCGAAGAACCCGUUCAGCUGGAAAUUUGCCAGCCGCUGCAGUAGCAGUCAGCUUAGUGGACGAUGGAAGCUCCAGUAGCCCUCCCCAAGCACCUGUCAUCACACAACCACUCUCGGACUCAGACGACCCCCAUGUUAAUGUGCAUGCAUCUAUUAAAUCUCGUCACUACUGUCAAAUUGGCAAUUUUGAGUCAGAUUCUUUCAAUGAAAACUUCUCUCCGAGUCGCCCAUGUAAUACCAGAAGAAAGCGCAAGUUUAAAAAGAUGCCUAUGGACUAUGUUGAUGGGAAACAUUCACCACCGAUAGAAAUAUUGAGCAUUUCUAACGAGCCAAGUUUGCAAGGCAUAAACCAACAAACAGGUCUAUCACCACUUAUUCAUAUAUCAAAACACAAGCAGGAAAGAAACGCUUUUUGUGGCAAAAGGAAAUGGUCACACAGAGAUAAAGGCGAUGGUUGUGAAAUGCGAGAACGAUCCUUUAGCGGUGGUUGUUCCUCCAAAUCGAUAUACUUUAAAAACGACUUUAAAUCCAAGAAGCAUGACAUUGAAAAGAAGAGAAAGGAAGUGUUGCAACCUGGAAAAAUUAUUCUUAAACCGCAAACGUCAGAUGAUUCUGCUUCAUCUCCAUUUACAAACACUCCAACUCUACCUGGCAGUUCAAGUUUUAACUUUGUUUAUAAGAACUCUUCAAAAAAUGGUACCCCAGUUCUGUCUAAGAUGACCGGUUACACAAUUUCUACAGACCUACCACCGUUUUUUAGUCCAUCCUGUUUGAAUAAUAACCGAGAAGCAAAAUAUAGUAGAAAGAUUAAGGUCCUCAGCAAGUCACAUUCACCAAACUCCUUAAGAAAUCCACUCCAAUUUGACGACUCGGCUGGUAUGGAGUGUGGAAAUGAAAGCAGCUCUCUAAGCAGUAGUGAUUCUGAUGGUGUGAAUGGAGACAGUGAUAGAGAAGGUGACGAUGAGCUAACAGACUGGCCCGGGAUUGAGGAACUAAAAGUGUUUAACAAGAGCCUUACAUUUAAAUCAACAAAGUCCGUGAACAACUUGACAAAAUCCAUAAGCAAUAUGCCACCACCAAAACGGUUGAAAAAGGAGAAGAUACAAACGAAAAAUCCCUGGGGCAAGAACAAAAACAAAAAGAAGAGAGCCAAGGUAGACUCUGGGAACGAAGAUGCUCUUAUGUCGGAUACGAAAACUAUUGUCGAUCUAGACGACGAUGAUUAUACAGGUAAAGACCUCGUAAAAGAAGAGUUGCCACAUACAAGUAAGGAGGUCCCGCCAGGAGUUUUGCCUCACUCUUCUUUUUCCACGUUCAGCGAUAUUAAGAACGCCGGGCCGUCGGGUCUAAACGCGGAUAAAACGUUCUUUCAUUCGUUUCAAACGUACCAGAAAAAGGAAGAAUUCAAUUCGCCGCGACUGAAUUUCACGCUUCAGAAAACGUCGUCGAGUGAUCUCAAUUUGAGCGAAAAGUCGCCCCAAAGCGACCAUUACUGCAGCGAACAUUCAUUGGGGGGUAACGUUACUGAGGUGAGGGAAAUAAGGGCUGGGUGUAGACGCAUACGUGACGAAAGACCUGGCUUACUCAUUUUGAGUGCGGCGAACGAACAGCUGUCCAGGUUCCUGCAGGAUUCCUGUCAGUCAGAGCUGAAAUUGCCAAGUUUGCAUGAUCCUGAGGAAAAGGAGAAGUUGGAGUCGCUUGCUAAAUUGUACUCUUUGGAGUUGCAAGUUGAGAUGGGGAGGCCGGUGCUGCGGAAGACUAGCAACACAAUGCAAGCUAUCCGCGUAGAGCAACUUUCGUACAACAACUUCCCGUCCGACCAUAAGCGGCGCUGUUACGGAGAAGAGGCGGACUCCAGCUUGAGCCUCAGCGACCCUAACUCCAUCAACUCCAACAACGACCUUGAAGACAAGGACAUCAAACCUGACAGCGGUGUCAUCAGUGAUAUAGCUCAGAUAAGUGACGCGUUCAGUGACACUUUGAUUGAUAAGAGUCUGUUGCACCAUCCAGGGGAGUUGGACUGA